AUGGGGAAAAAUAAAAAUAUACCUCUUAGCCGUAGAACCAAAAAAAGACGUAUUGCAGAUCAAAUAUCAAUAAUGACUAGAAGUCUUCAAGCUAACCAUCCUAUUAUUUCUUCAACUUCUCAUGAAAGUCCUGAAUUGAUACACCACAGCUCAGAUAUUUCUGAGAAUGAAUUUAUUCAAUGUAAUGAACUGCCCAAUAUUUUACCAGUUGAUCUUAUUUCGGAUAAUCAAAGACCUGCUUUAUCUUCAGAAGACGAAUUAGUCAAAACGAGUAAUUCAUUAGAACAAUUUAUUGAAAAUGUGAGAAUAUGGGCUUCAAACUUUAAAAUCUCAAACAAUUCGCUUGAUGCACUUUUAAUUAUAUUGAAGGAACAUAAAUGUUUUCAACAACUUCCUAGAACUGCUAGGACUGUUAUGCAGACCAAAUCAAUAGAUAUUAAUAAUAUGCAUAUAGUAGAGCCUGGUCACUAUUAUCAUGUUGGUAUUAAAAAAGGUAUUAAACGGUAUUUACCUAAUGAAUUUGAAGGAUUUGAUAUUAAAAUUGUUAUUGGAGUAGAUGGACUUCCCAUUUCAAAAUCUAAUUCAAACCAAUUUUGGCCUAUACUAGCCUAUAUUAGACCAAGUAGUGCAGUUUUUCCCAUUGGAAUAUAUUUUGGUAAAUUGAAACCAAAAGAUAGCAAUCAAUUUUUGGAUGAAAUGUGUAAAGAGGCAAGUGAACUUAUCACAAAUGGAUUAGAAAUAAAUAAUAUAGUUUUUAAUUUUUCAAUUGAUGCUCUAUGCUGUGACGCACCUGCGAAAUCAUUUUUAUUAAAAACCAAAGGACACUCUGGUUUUUAUUCCUGUACUAGAUGCCAAAUAGAAGGAGAAUAUUUACAAAACAGAAUGUGUUUCCCAUAUGAGUCACUUUCAAAUGCUUCACCUAAACGCACCCAUAAUGAUUACAUAGAAAAAAAUAAAGAAGAAUUUCAUAUUUCAAAUGAUGUAUCAAUUAUAGCCUCUUUACCUGGAAUUAAUGUUGUUACUUCCUUUUCAUUGGACUACAUGCAUUUGAUUUGCUUGGGCGUGGUUCGUAAACUUAUUAUGAUGUGGAUUAAAGGACCUGUAAGUGUUCGUUAUCCAUCGUGGAAAAUAAAAGAAGUUUCCUCAGCUAUGGAAAAAUUAAAAGCACAGAUUCCAUGUGAGUUUGCUCGAAAACCCCGUAGCUUCGACGAAAUAAGUCGCUGGAAAGCAACUGAGUAUCGAACAUUUUUAUUGUACACCGGUCCAAUUGUUAUGAAGUCAAUUCUCAAAAAAGAUCACUGGAAACAUUUUCUAGCUCUUAGUAUUUCCAUGACAAUUCUUUUAAGUCCAGAUCAUUCAAAAUUUUUAUUCAUCGCUCGAAAUCUAUUAGAUUAUUUUCUUAAACGCUAUGAACAAAUUUAUGGAUCCUAUUUAAUGUCUCACAAUUUCCAUGGUUUAAAUCAUAUUUCUGAUGAUUAUGAUAUGUAUGGUCCUUUGGAUAAUGUUUCAGCAUUUCCCUUCGAGAACUACAUGGGACAGUUAAAAAAAAUGUUGAGAAAACCUCAUAAACCUUUAGAGCAAAUAGUUAAACGUUAUCGAUGGCGUAGCGCACAAGUGUGA